CUGCGGCUGAGAAUUGGGUAAACGCUGACGACACACACACACACAGAGAUAUAUUAGUUUAGUUUCAAUUGUGAACGUUCCUUGGUUUGAUAUAUUCCGUUUAUCUUUUAGGUUAAGGCUCUCGUUUGUUUAUCGUUCUUCCAUUAUGGAACAGAACACUAGUGAACAUGAUCAUAGUUACACUUACUCAUUUAGGAAGACCUCUAACGUAUUGGAAUUAAAUCAGUACAAAAUCAUCGGAUGGUUACGUUUUUGAUAACGAAUUACCGCAGAUAAUUAGCAAUUGACUUUAAUUUAAGUCAAGAAACAUCAAAAGAAAUAUUACUUCUUCACCAGUCCAUGUACUCAAGCACCAUUGUUUAAUUAAAGUUACUGUGCAAAGAAAUGAUGACCCUAUUCGACUCGGUAAUUGCUAUGAAUUACUAGCCUUUAACAAAUAAAAUUCGAUGGAUGGAUAUAUCGUCAUUAACAAACUAAUUAAAGAUUCAAAGCCACCCCACCCCAUAUUUUUGCCAGGAGUGAAAAAUGUUUCACCGAUAAUCAGAGCCCUAUAUUCAAUGAUAUCAGUUAUUACAAUCAAAUCUCAUAAAUGGUUUAUGCAAGAUAAAAGAAUGACGGAGACUGAAGAGAAAGCUUAUGAGAAAUUUACGUUGGGAUAUUUUGUAAAAGAAGUCAAAAAUGAGGCCAUUCAGAAGAACUUUAUUUGGUGCCUUAACUUUGCAGCAGAAGCUCAUAAAGACCAGAAGAGGAAAGACAUAGAAUGUACGCCUUAUAUUAACCACCCAAUAG